AUGGCUCUCAACCGCAGCAGCUUCGAACCCAUCACCUUUGUCCUGACCGGCAUCCCAGGCAUGGAGGAGUCCCACAUCUGGAUCUCUGUCCCUUUCUGCCUGAUGUACGUCCUGGCGCUGACGGGGAAUAUCUUCUUCCUGUUCCUCAUUGCCACAGACCACACCCUCCGGCAGCCCAUGUGCCUCUUCCUAGCGAUGCUCUCGGUGGCCGACCUCACCUUGUCCACCGUCACGGUGCCCGAGAUGCUGGCCAUCUUCUGGUUUGGAUCCAGGAAGGUCUCCUUCGACGGCUGCAUCGCCCAGAUGUUCUUCACCCACUUCAGCUUCAUCGCGGAGUCAACAAUCCUGCUGGCCAUGGCCUUUGACCGCUACGUCGCCAUCUGCGACCCGCUGCGCUACAUGAUGAUCAUGACGCCCUCCGUGAUCGGGAAGGUGGCCGUGGCGGUGCUGCUGAGAGGGGCGUGCAUCAUGUUCCCAACCAUCUUCCUCCUCAAGAGGCUGCCCUACUGCGGCCACAGCACCAUGCGCCACACCUACUGCGAGCACAUGGGCAUCGCUCGGCUGGCCUGCGCGGACAUCACUGUCAACGUCUGGUACGGAUUCACCACCACCCUCCUGUCCUCCGGGCUGGAUGUGUUGCUCAUUGCCCUUUCCUACGCGGUCAUCCUCCGAGCCGUCUUCCGGCUCCCCUCCAAGGAGGCUCGUCUCAAGGCUCUCCGCACCUGCGGCUCCCACCUGGGCGUCAUCUUGAUGUUCUACUUGCCCGCCUUCUUCUCCUUCCUCACCCACCGCUUUGUCCACAACGUUCCUAGCUGCAUCCACAUCCUGCUGGCCAACUUCUACGUCAUUGUGCCCCCUAUGCUCAACCCCAUUGUCUAUGGGGUGAGAACAAGGCAGAUUCGGGAGAGAGUCCUUCAUAUGUUCUCAAAGGUGCGGGGGACGUGUGAAAACGAAACCAAAUGUAGACAGACGUGGGGACCCUCCAUGAAGAUAGAAGCGACAUCCCCUGAGGCAGAAGGAGCUUCCUUGGAGCAAGGACAGAGGGCACAGGCCGUGGAGCGUGCCCAAGUUGCCCUCUCCAGUGAGUUCCCUGAUGUGUUUGGGGGCGGCCUGGGUAGGUACAACGGGCCCCCGGUAUCGUUCGAACUCGAUCCAUCUGUGACCCCGAUCCGAUUGAAGUAUUGGAAGGUGCCCAUUUCGCUUAAGCCCCAGAUCAAAGCAGCGCUGGACAAGCUAAUUGAGCAGGGGGUGCUUGAGCCGGUUCCCUUUAGCAAAUGGGAAACUCCUAUAGUGACGCCGGUGAAGUCAGACGGGUCGGUAAGAAUUUGUGCUGACUAUAAGUGCACUAUUAACCGUGCCUUACAACAGCACUCUUACCCCGUGCCCAUCAUCAGCCACAUUCUGGCAUCCCUGGGUUGA